CAUGGCACCAAAAUAUGACGGGUUGUCCCACUGUAAGCUGGCCCUUGUUUUUGCUGUGCUUAUGGACCUGCUGGGUGUCAUAUCUCUGCUGCUGGGUGUCUUCGCUCCGCUGGAGGUCAAAGGGCAAGACUUUGGCGAUCUGCUUGUGUACUCGGGAGCUCUGCUGGUGCUUCUGUCCCUGGCAGGCUGGGUCAUGUGGUACAGUGGCAACAUUGAGGGUCUGACCUCCAAAAAGGAGUUGGGAAUGAUGGGUGGAGCUGUGGACCGUCUCGCUCGCUCCCUGAGUCGCAGAAUACGCCUUCCCAGGACUCACAGCAGUCCGACAUAAGAAGUAGAGCAGAAAAGCUGACUGAAUUUUUGUCUCAUUCAUGACUGUACCAAAAUAAGCAGCAGGCAAAACUGCCUGAGACAAAUCCUGUUGCUGCUGUUGAAUGCUGCCGUCAUCUGUCUUGUAAAGUUGACACAACACAUCAUUAACAGACA